AUGGAGAACGAAUUCAAGAAGAUACGCAGUGCGGUUCCAAAGGAAAGCGAUUUUAUGGAUGUCAUCGUUUCUCUCAAGGAGCGGACACCAACACUUCGUACCUACGAUGAUGAUGAAGACGACUCUUUCGUGAUAGACGACAUGAUAGACUCCUGUUACGUCAAGGUUUACGACGAGUUUCCAAACGUAUCUCGGCUUGAUCCGUUGUAUCGUAGCAUUCUUCAUCGGCGCUUCAAUUUCCUUCGCUACGAGGAAGCCCGAGGUGAAGCCUCGUAUGCAAGUUAUAUGAUGGCCAACAUCUCUGCCAAGUAUCUCAGAGCAGAUGUCUGUGAUUCCCUGGACAAGUGCAAAUCCCUUAAAAGGGCUGCUUUUGCGCGUAUGCUUGCUGUUGUAAGGAGAUGCGUUCCUAGUCUUGCUUUUCUCGACAAAGUCCGUGAGUACAUGGCCAAUUUGGAUGUUGGUGGUGAGCAUGCUUCUGCUGGUGCAAAUUACAAUCACGAUGAAGGCUACACUGUCCCGCAACUCACCAGACGUGAGUUUGCUGAAAACAUUGAUCAACUUGUUGAUCCACAGACUUUGGUUUGGCUUGAGGAACUUGAUCGUGUGAAAUUGGUCCGUUGUGCUUCUACUUACACGAAUAGAAUGUUUCUAAAUAAACUCUGCGAAUAA